AGGAAGGGGGCGGGGUAACCGAGGGGGAGCUACCUGUGUCGCGAUAGGUGGCGGAGAUCGCGAUACUGUUGGCGAUAGAGGCGUAAGAACCCGGCGAUAAAACCUGUGCGAUCCUGUGAGCUGCUCGAGCAAUCUCCCUAUAGAAGCCGGACAGAAAGAGUCUAAAUAUGUUUGUAACAACACAAAGAGCCCCUGAUGAUUUAGUGGUACGCAUGAAAAAUGGAUUUGGCAGUUCAAAAUAUAAACCUGUUGACUAUGAACAACUGCGCCAGGAGACUGAAGCCAAGAAACUAGCAUCUGUUAACAUACAACUAAAGGUUAAGAAAACCCAACGUGCCUCAAAGCUAACAAAAGACCAAACGCUUGUGAAACAGCAGACACAGGUGUGGUGGAAGGAACACGAACGACUCAGUGAAAGUCGAAGUAAUAUAGAACAACAAGUCGCUGACUUACUAGAAGACUGUGUUCUGAAAUAUGAUUUUUUUUCUGAUAUCAAUAAGAUGGCAGAGCAGCAAUUAUCUGAGGAACGAGAAGGAUAUAAAGAAUGCACAGUACAUCCCAUCUGGCAGCUAAGGGACGAUUUAAAAAACAGGAUCGGGGAAAUGCGGUAUCAUUCUCUCAAGCAAACUGAAAUGGCAAACGAUUUUGAUCCAGUAAAGAUUGUGGAACAGAUUGAAUUUGUGAAGAAGCAACAGAAUGAUCUGAUUGAAAAUCUUGCUCAAGAGAAGCAGGUUUUAGAAGAAGCACUUAUGGAUUGCGAAGCUCAGCAGUUAAUAAAUGCAGAGAACAUGGGACAUGAGUUUUGUGAGGUCCCCCCAGUUCUACAGGAAAUACAUUGCCCCUAUCCUGAUUUGAAAUCCUCGGUGCUAAGUGAAUAUCAGGGUCUUGCAGACGGAUACCUUUCUAAGAUACAAGAACUUGACAGGCAAUCAAAAGACAUAGACAGGAAUUGUAAAUGGAGUGACACGGACCACUGGAUUUUCCGAACCAUUAUUAGCCAGUACCCACGUGACCUUCCUAACCGAAGAGUGUUAUAUUUAGAUAUGUUAUCACGGCAUUUGACAGACAAAUCGAGACAGGAAUUGGUUAGCCAUGAGAAAAUUUGGGACAUGCAUCAUUUUGCUAAAGAUCAAAGAAGAGCUUUGAUGGAAUCCUGGGUUCGAUAUAGGAAAGACUUUGUAGUGAAGGCCAUGGUAACCAUCGCUGAGGCCUGUUAUGCAUAUGAAACAGAAAUGAUUCUGGCAAAUGAUAGGAAAAAGCAGCAGGAGAUCUGUAGUGAGCUUAAAGAAAAGGUCAGGCAGCUGAGAGCUCACCAAGAAGAAGCUUCUAGAUUAGAAUCUUCUAUAGCAGCCCGGAAAAAAGAACUAGCAGAACAACAAGAGAGACAACAAAACGAGAGAGAAAAGCUUCACAGAGCAGAUAACAAAACAAAGAUUCAAAAAUACAAAGCUGGAAAACAAAAAGCGUGGGAGGAACAACAGCAGAGGGAUAUCGAACGCCUGGAGAAGCUGAAGGAAAUGAUGGCGCAAAGAGCUCAGAGAGACAGAGAACGGGUUGUAUUUAGAAAGCAGCUGUUGGAGCAGCGUCUUUCAGAAAGGAAAGAGAUGACUCGUCUAGAGGAGCAGGAAGAAGAAGAAAGACAGAGAAGGCUCGAUGUUCUCCGACAACAGGUUGCUGUAAUAGCAGAAUUUGACCCUGUGAGAAUGAUGAGUGACACCAAAGCAUUUAAAGCUAGGAUGGGUAUAGGAACAGAGGAAGAGGUGGUUCUACAGAAACCCCUGUUUACAAUACAUACUUACAAUGCACAGCAGAUCAUCUCUGACCCAAGAGUUCGAAUAGAGAUGGCGCUGCGAGAAGCCGGUCUUCACAACACACUCUAUGCUAAAGAAAUUCUGCCGAAAAUAUCUCCCCCUAAACCUCCAAGAAAAGAUAUGAAGUCCACAGUUUUUGAAAAAUAAUAAAUUCCAUUUAUGCUUGAAA